AUGAAGGAUUCUAAUGAAUUUAAUAAAUAUUUAGUACUAGUAGUAAUAUCUAUGUCUUUAAUUCUGGCUAUAAUAUCGGAACUUAUUUCAUAUUUUUUUGUACUCCGUAAAAGCGAUUAUUAUAAACUACGGGAUAACCUAACUCGCACAAAGUUAAAAUUAGACAAGCUAAAGCUUAAAGAGAAAUCUGGUAUAAUUAUAGAAAAUACUACUAUGUCAUCUAAUUUUAGUAUCCCUAGAACUAAAAGAGAUCCUAAGAUUGAAGCAUUGGAACAAAGUAUAACAACUAUUAAUCAAAAGAUGUCAAUGAUCAAAUUAAGAUCAAGUUUCUUUACUGGUUUACUAUUUGCCUUAUUAAUUCCUUUUAGAACUUAUUUACUUGGUGAUGUACCUGUGUGUAAACUCCCAUUUGAACCAGUUCCAAUGUUUAGAAUAAUAACACAAGCUGGAUUAAAUAAUUGUGCUCCUAAUGAAGCUGGAAGUAUAUUUAUAUUUGGUCAGGCCUUUAUGGCUUUUAGAAUAAUCAUUCAAAAGGCUAUUUUUAUGGAUGCAACAUCUUCCUUUGGAAAAAUAUAG